CAAUCCCGGGACGUUUGUGCUCUGUCUCGCUCGGUCCCAGUACUGUACUGCUCAACAUUUCUGUGGAAAUCUUGACACAGCAGGACAACAAACAAACAAAGUGUACAGAGAGAACAUAGUCGCCGCUUUUCACGGGUUGGGCCUCCCUGCCCACCACACUCCACCAUGCCUUUGGUGACAAGGAAUAUAGAGCCGCGGCACGUGUGUCGCCAGACCCUCCCUUCAAGCGUUCGCAGUGAGCUGGAAUGUGUCACCAACAUCAGCCUUGCCAACAUCAUCCGCCAGCUGGGCAGCCUCAGUAAGUAUGCAGAGGAUGUGUUUGGGGAGCUGUUUAUCCAGGCUGGGGCAUUUGCCACCAGAGUUAAUACACUUGGAGAAAGAGUGGAUCGUCUGCAGGUCAAAGUCACCCAGCUGGACCCCAAAGAGGAGGAGGUUUCUCUCCAGGCCAUCACUACCCGUAAGGCCUUCCGUAGCAGUGUGACCCAGGAUCAGCAGCUGUUUACCAGACCGUCUCUGCCAAUGCCUGUGCAAGACACCUAUACAGUCUCUGAUCCACCUCCACCUCUAAACCAACUCAGCCAGUACCGGGACGAUGGAAGAGAGGCCCUAAAGUUUUACACUGAUCCCUCUUACUUCUUUGACCUGUGGAAGGAGAAGAUGCUGCAGGACACCAAGGACAUCAUGAAGGAGAAACGCAAGCACAGAAAGGAGAAGAAAGACCACACAAACCUACGGACACUUAAUCCCCGAAAGAUCAAGACCAGGAAGGAGGAAUGGGAACGCCGCAAGAUGGGAGAGGAGUUUGUGGUACCAAAGAAUGAUAUGGAAAUGAUGAAUUCCAAUGAGGGUCUGAAUGGCAGUAUUGGAUCUGGAGAUGGCUUCACUUCUGAAGGCCUCGAGCUGAGCACUGGCUCCUACGCUUAUGAUCCCAGCUCCCCUCUCUCUGGGCCUGGCUGCGAUGAUAUGCUGCCUCCUCCACCUCCAGACAUGACGUACCAUGACGGUGGAGCACCGACCCAGAAGCGCGUCAGCAUGCUCAGUCCAAACCACCCGCCUCCUGCGCCCCCUAUGGCCACUUCCCCUCUCAACUCCCGCCCCAACCUUGCACCUCCCCCUGCACCUCCUCCCCCUCCUCCACCUUCUGGUUUUGGUGUUCCCCCACCUCCACCUGGCUUUGACACCCCACCAUCUCCUCCUCCCUUCUCCUCAUCUCCACCUGCUCCCCCUCCUCCCCCUGCCAUGUCCUCUCUUUCUCCUCCUCCACCUCCACCAAUUCCUGCAGGUGGUGGUCCCCCCUCCCCACCGCCCCCCCCUGGCCCUCCUCCUCCUCCAUCCUUUAACUCUGCUCCCCCUCCUCCCUCUGGUGGUGGUGGCUUGGCACUUGGCUCUGUUCCUAAACCACAGCCAGAACCAGAACCAGAACCGGCUGGCGGUGCUCGCAGUGACUUGCUGCAGGCCAUUCGACAAGGUUUCAACCUGCGAAAGGUGGAGGCACAGCGUGAGCAGGAGAAGCGUGAUCACUUUGGCAAUGACGUGGCUGCCAUCCUGUCCCGUCGUAUUGCUGUAGAGUGCAGUGACAGCGAGGACGACUCUUCAGAGUUUGAUGACGAAUGGUCAGAUUGAUCCGUCUUCCCUUUUUCACCACGACCGGCGCCCUUGAGUUUGUCCUCGGCCUUAAACAUUGUCAGAAUAUCUGUGCCGCGCGUGUUCUGUCUUUGUGCGUGCGAGUAAGCGAGAGAGUUUGAGAGCACGUGUACGUUCCAUAAUAUGUACACGUGGCCCGUUACUAACCACAUUCCUUAGUUCAUUUAAUUUUAUUUAUCGGAAAUGAUUCAGUCGGAUCAGAGGUGUUUGAAGAUGAGUCUGCAUGGUUGUGUCCCAGUUUAUCAUUGGUCUCACUUGAUAAUGGGGGCUGUUAUUGAUGCGAGGUUGUUGUCUAAGGUGAUGCACAUGUCCCUGCUGCUGAGUUGCGGCGUAAACACAUCACAUCUCUCCUUAUUUAGUGUCUUUUAGAAUCAGGUGCCUGUUUGCUGCAGGCCAAGUGCCAGAUUUUAUAUGCUUAAGUAUAUCAUGGCAAAGGAUAAUAGAGCGAGGGAGAGAGCACGUGCUCACACACUCACAUGCAGUUAAUCUCUUCUAUACACAGUAUUUGUAUGUAUCUCUGUGAAAACACAGAAAUUCUUUACAUCUUCCCAUUGUCCCUUAUUCAUAUAUUAUAUAGAUGUUAAGUCACAUUACAUAUUGAAUCAUAUUUACAAAAGAAAGCAAAUGCAUUGCCAUUGAAUCCCUUGUUUGUUUGUUUUUUUAAAUCACUUUUCCGCCCCCCGUUUUUUAUUCUAUUCUUUUGUGGUUGUCCUGGGAACAAUUGACUUGUGGAAGAGAUGUAAUUGUGGUGUAUUAACAAAUUGAUGAAUUAAUAAUACAGUAUGGCAGGGGAAGUAUUUGCUGAGAUAGUAAGAAAAUAAGCACAAUUAUCUUUUUUUUUUUUUUACUUAUUUCUGUUGUUUUGCUUUCUGGUGUUUAUAUGUAGAACCUUUCUGGUUGUGGUGCUACGGUCACUGUGGAGAUUAGGACAGUCGUUCAGUAGUUCAGUAGUUCAGUAGUUUUAUCUUGCUGCCUUGAUGUGUGUAUUUUCUAUUCCCCAUGUCAUUGUCAGUGUUUUUUGGUUUGUCCACACUGGUCACCAAUCAGCUUCCCCUAAAAAGGAAAUGCCAUUAACGUGUCAAACGUAGAACUGACUGAUUGUGUCGUGUAGACCACUGAUAUGUCAAGUGCCUUUUUAUUUUAGGUCUGCCUCUGUUGAAGCACAAUCACACACCAUGCUUUGCCAAAGUCCUGCUUCUCUUGCCUUAAAUGUCUAAAUGAUGAUAGUUAUUUCAAUAAAAGAGUAUAUUACA